CGCUGCUGGCCGCCGCUGUUGCCUCCGGUGCUGGGCGCUUGGGCAGCUCCCCGGCUUCUGCGGCCGCCAUGGACGAGCAGGCGGGUCCUGGCGUCUUCUUCAGCAACAACCACCCGGGCGCCGGUGGUGCCAAGGGGCUCGGGCCUCUGGCGGAGGCUGCCGUGGCCGGCGACGGGGCGGCCGCGGCGGGGGCAGCCCGAGCCCAGUACAGCCUCCCAGGAAUCCUGCACUUCCUGCAGCACGAGUGGGCCCGCUUCGAGGUGGAGAGAGCCCAGUGGGAGGUGGAGCGGGCGGAGCUGCAGGCCCAGAUUGCCUUUCUACAGGGGGAGAGGAAAGGUCAAGAAAAUCUGAAGAAGGAUCUGGUGAGGAGGAUCAAAAUGCUGGAAUAUGCUCUUAAACAGGAAAGAGCCAAAUACCACAAGUUGAAAUAUGGGACAGAAUUGAAUCAGGGAGAUAUGAAGCCUCCAAGCUAUGAUUCUGAUGAAGGUAAUGAAACAGAGGUACAGCCACAACAAAACAGCCAGUUAAUGUGGAAACAAGGUCGACAACUGCUCAGACAGUAUCUACAGGAGGUGGGUUACACAGACACUAUCCUAGAUGUGAAAUCUAAACGAGUGCGAGCUUUGUUGGGCUUUUCAAGUGAUGUCACCGACAGGGAAGAUGACAAAAAUCAGGACUCAAUUAUAAAUGGCACAGAGGCUGAAAUUAAAGAGACAGCAAUGAUUGGAAAAUCCGAGUUAACAGAUUCUGCCUCCGUACUGGAUAAUUUCAAAUUCCUUGAAAGCGCAGCUGUGGAUUUCAGUGACGAAGAUGAAGACGAUGAUAUUGAUGGAAGAGAAAAAAGCAUCAUUGACACUUCAACAAUUGUUAGGAAAAAAAUACUGCCUGACAGCAGUGAAGAUAGAGAUACAAAAGAAGCUCUAAAGGAGUUUGACUUCUUGGUUACAUCAGACGAAGGAGACAGUGAAUCUAGAAGUGCCGGCGACGGAACAGACUGGGAAAAGGAAGACCAGUGUCUCAUGCCUGAAGCCUGGAAUGUGGACCAGGGAGUAAUUACCAAACUCAAGGAGCAAUACAAAAAGGAGAGAAAGGGGAAAAAGGGGGUGAAGAGGCCCAAUAGGUCAAAGCUGCAAGAUAUGCUUGCUAAUUUGAGAGAUGUUGAUGAACUUCCCUCAUUGCAGCCAUCUGUGGGUUCACCUUCCAGACCCAGCAGUGCCAGGCUUCCUGAACAUGAAAUAAAUAGGGCAGAUGAAGUGGAAGCAUUAACAUUUCCUCCAUCUUCGGGAAAGUCGUUCAUCAUGGGAGCAGAUGAAGCCCUUGAAAGUGAGCUGGGACUUGGAGAAUUGGCAGGUCUUACUGUGGCCAAUGAAGCAGAUUCACUAACUUAUGAUAUAGCAAACAAUAAAGAUGCAUUGAGGAAAACGUGGAAUCCUAAGUUUACGUUAAGAAGUCACUUUGAUGGCAUUCGAGCCCUUGCUUUCCACCCCACUGAGCCUGUUUUGAUAACAGCAUCAGAAGACCAUACGUUAAAAAUGUGGAAUUUACAGAAAACAGCCCCAGCCAAAAAGAGUACUUCUCUCGAUGUAGAGCCUAUCUAUACAUUCAGGGCUCAUAAAGGUCCAGUGCUGUGUGUGGUAAUGAGCAGCAAUGGUGAGCAGUGUUAUAGUGGAGGUACUGAUGGACUGAUCCAGGGCUGGAAUACCACUAACCCCAACAUCGAUCCCUAUGACUCUUACGAUCCUUCUGUUUUACGAGGCCCCCUUGUAGGCCACACAGAUGCGGUCUGGGGCUUGGCUUACAGCGCAGCACAUCAGCGUUUACUGUCCUGUUCAGCAGACGGCACUCUGCGUUUAUGGGGUACAGCUGAGGCUGCUCCAGCCCUAAGCGUAUUUAAUGAUAAUCAAGACUUGGGAAUCCCUGCCUCUGUGGAUCUAGUGAGCAGUGACCCUAGCCAUAUGGUAGCAUCGUUCAGCAAAGGAUACACAAGCAUCUUUAACAUGGAAACACAACAACGCAUUCUCACUUUAGAAUCUAACCUAGAUACAACAGCCAGUACUUCUUGCCAAAUUAAUAGAGUCAUCAGUCAUCCCACUCUUCCUAUCAGCAUCACUGCUCAUGAAGACAGACACAUCAAAUUCUUUGAUAACAAUACAGGCAAAUUGAUCCACUCGAUGGUAGCCCACUUAGAAGCUGUUACAAGUUUAGCAGUUGAUCCUAAUGGCCUAUACUUGAUGUCUGGCAGUCAUGACUGUUCAAUACGUUUGUGGAACCUAGAAAGUAAGACAUGUAUCCAAGAGUUCACAGCUCAUCGGAAAAAAUUUGAAGAAUCAAUUCAUGAUGUAGCUUUCCACCCAUCCAAAUGCUAUAUAGCCAGUGCUGGAGCAGAUGCCCUGGCUAAAGUCUUUGUAUGACACGAUGCAUCAUCUUCACCUUCUAGCUCUUUAUAAAUAAUAAACUGCACAAAAGAGAUACAGAAGACCAGGGCAAGAGUCAGCUCAUCCUGCCCUUGUGUUCUGCCGAAGGAGCACAGAGAACAUUUGUUAAAGUAUAGUUUUGCAAUUCGUAUACUGUUUUCUAAAACUGUUCAGGUUGCUGCAAGCUCAGCUGAAUUUGUGAGCCUGAAAACUUUCAAAAUUUCCCCCAAAUAGGCGCUUUUAUCUGAGGUUGUUCCAAUUCACUAGGCUGGCCUGAGCGGACGUGAUAAUUAAAGAACUCAAUGGCUGGGGAUGAGUAGAGGAAGAAGAAUGGAAACUUAGACCUAGUUCUCCCUUGAGAAAUCUUGUUAAACACAUUAGGUAGGGAACAUAGUAAUCUACCGUACCUGCUGUACUAAGCCGUUUGGCCGAGUGGCCAGGCAGUGUUAAAAUAAGGUUUUUCUUAGCUCUCCUUUCAGCCGUUCACAUAAAGCCACUGGCAAUGCAGUUUACCAUUAGCGGGGAAAAACGGCAAUAGUAUGUUAAAUAUAUUAUUAUUCAGAAAUGCUAAACAAAUAUUUAGUUUGCAGGCAGAUUUCUAUAUUACAUUUUUGAAAAUAGAUUUGGUACCAUUCUAAAAUUUAGCUGUCAGAUACCAUUAUGAAGAAUAGUUGAUAACAGUCUGCCUUUACUAAAGGAUUUCAGUAAUUCAGGUUUGAAAUUCUGUUUAUUUUUAAGGACAAGCAGGCCAUGUCUCUUUAAUAAUUUCUAGUAAUUUUAAAAGCCAUUUUUUUAUGUUAUAGUACCACAGUAAUUUCACGGCAUCAAAAUCUUACUUUUGAUAAUUGAAGAACAAGUUAUUUGCAGCCUUGUGUUAUCAGCACCCACAUAACCAUGCUUCAGAUGCACCCUGGCCUGCCUUCUCUGACUCUCACAUUCAGCAUCUAGUACCUACCAAAUAUUGUUCAUAAUUAUUAUGUUUUAAUAGUCCAAAGAGUAAGGUUAACCUCAGCCAGCUGCUUUUGCAGAAGGACUAAAUCAAAUGUUUUGUACCCCAGAAGUCCUCUUGAUAUCUCCAGGAAGCUGCUUGUGGAAAGCUGGUGGGAGGAGUUCAGUGCAUAAAAUUGGCUCAGAGGUUCUCGUUCUCUCCCUCUCCCAUUGUUCUGUUUGGAAUAUAAAAUAUGGUUGGAUGAGCAGUGAAUCACUAUUGUUUCUGGGAAAAAAGCAUAUCUGAAAGGACCAGGCUUCGCUGAACCCACCUUGCCCAUGCCCACGUCUGGUCAGGUCUUGGGCUUCCCGUAAUCCUACCAUCUGGACCAAGUCCCCUGACCUACAGACCUGAGCCCUACAAUUGUCA